UUCAGUUCAGAAUCAUUUGAAAUCAAGACUCAGCAAUGAAACCUCUUCAGUUUGUUCCAGCUCUGUUGGUUUUGUUUUGCCUUUUGGCAGUGGCUCACGCCACUCCUGGCAAGGUGUAUAUUAAUGGAAAAUGCAUCGAUUGUAAUAAACCGGACAACGACGAAAAUAUUGUUAUCCCCAUGGAACAUGGUGGCUCUGCUUCCUACACUUUGACUUCUGGUGCCAUGGUCUUUGGAAUAUUUUACUAUAUUUUAAGCUCAGUUUAUAAUUAAAAAUAAUAUUAAAUAAAUGAAUU